GUGUAUACACACCCAAAAAUGGUGUGGAAGUGUGUGUGUUCUCUUCUCAAUGGCAGCAUGUUUUCUUUUUAAUCUCACUCCUACACUCUUAAGAGGGUAGUGGAAGGCCUGCCGGCUGAGCUGCCAUGGUUACUGAUGUAAGAGAGAUGAACUUUGACCCGUUGUGUCCCAUAUCCUAUCCUGCUGACAGCCAUGUGAUGGCCAGAAGGAUCUCUUAAUUCCUCCCAAACACACACGCACUCAUCUGAAGAGGAAGGAUGGAGGGAACCCUGUUUUUGCCUCCUUUAGACCCUUCUUUUAAGGAUGAAGGAUGAUCUCUUUUUUUUGAUAUUGCAAUUUGGUUGCCAAUAAGAGAUUGCACAGUCUAUUGACUCUAAAGAGUACAAAAUAGGGAAUUUUAGGAAACAUUUUUAAUUAGUACAAAAUAAGAACAGAAAAUAAGAGAAUAACAAGUUGCUGUUUUAAAAAAGAAAAAAACAAUUACAAUGGAAUAAUGUUGCGUUGUUGAAAUACGAUACAAUGAAUUCACGUAGUACUGUAGCUGUCUGACAUGGUGAUACUAUACGUGUCUCUUGUUGUUUUAGGUUGUGCACGUCACAGCUUUUAUCCAGCACUGGACCUGCUGGGUGUGCGAGUGUGUCUGCAUCAUCAACAUAUUUUCUCUGUUCACAAACACACAUCUUUUUAUAGGCCAAAUCAGGAAGAGUGUGUGUAUGUUUGUGUGUGUGUGUGUGUGUGCGUGUGUGUCUUGUGUGCAUUUGUAUUUGCCUGCAUGUAAGUCAGGGUCGAGGUCAAUUCACUCAGAAUUAAAUUUAAGAAGUAGAUUAUGAACAAUGAAAUUCCUGAAUAAAUUGCAACAUAGAGUACUUGAUGAAUCUGUACUUUCUGUUGAUUGCCGUCAAAGUGAAUUCACCCCAACCCUGGUUUGAGUAGUUACCACUCUCCUCCAGUCUAUCCUGUAUCCAGGGAUGUUUUGCAUUGAAUUCUACUGUAUACACUACAAAUUAUAAGGCAUAUCACCUCCUCCCUGUCCCACACAAGCCCUCAGUGCCUGUCAGCCUACUGCCUCCCCUUUGUGUGUGUGUGUGUGUGUGUGUGUGUGUGUUGUAUGUGUGUGUGUGCACGUGUUUGCGUGGGUGCAUGUACACACAUGCCUGUCAAUACAUGCGUGUGCACAAGUGCGUGCGAUUGAGGAGUGUUCAGUGUUUCCAAUGAGUGGGGUCAUAUUUCGUAUCUACUUGCACACACUACUAGUGCACAACUGACACCCUUCUUUAAGCUGUUUGAUGCGUUACCAUUACAUUAAUCUUCUCACAAAGUAGUGUAAUACUAUGAUUUACUGUAGCUUGGUUUUAUUGCUAUUUUGCAUUUAUAGUUUGGUUUUUAUUCUGCUUAUUUAUAGGUGCUGUAUUUUUCAUUUAAUGUCUUAUCAUUUGAGUUGUCUAUUUUUUAAGGGAUUAUACUGUUCCUGAGGGCAAGUAACAUUUUUAUUAGACGUAUAGACUGCCGGCAGUAUUGGUUAAUAUUUACAAAGAUGUACUAGUUCUCAUUUGUUUGUAUAUUCAUGAAUCCUAAAGUUUAGUGUCAUUUCAAUAGCUUUGAAAAAAAAUGUGUUUGCUACAGUUCAUGCUCCCGUAAGCAUUAAGCUUUUACCACAACAGUUAUGCUCUUAAAUUGCUAGCUAGAAUCAAAGGACAUAUCAAGAUCAGUGAACAUAUGAUGGCAUAUCUCUUUUCCUGUUUUCUGUCCUCCGAUAAUAAUUUUGGCUGUUUCUUGGGCAAGCCCAACACUAACGCUCGGCAGGGCAUGCAGCUUUCUUUAGAUAGAGUUCGCCCACUCUGUAAUCACAUCAACAUCAUUUACAGGUCCUAACAUAUACACUUUGUCAAAUAGGUCAAAUGAAAUUACCUAAACUUGAAAACACAAGUUAACUCGAAAGAGGUCAUAUCUGCCAAAUUGAGAUUAGAGAAGUGUACCAGCUAGCAGGGGUGUUACGCCAGAUUGAACAGAUAGCCAGCCUAUGAUUAUGCAGAAUUUAUAUUGCAGUCCAUAAAAAAAAAAAAAAAAAAAAGCACUUAUUAGGAUCUUUUUUGAAGACAUAUUUGGGACAGGGUCUGUAAACACUACAACAGAGUACGAUCCCAGGAUCCUGGGAAAUGUAUGCCUUUUUUAAAAGUGGUUGUGAACCAAGCACAGACUCUUCUCCGCAUCCGAACACUAAAAUUUUAACAUAAGAUAGCUGUGCCCAUGUUUUCUACACGAUAAACUGUAUUCUUAUACAGUCGCUUCUUAUUUCAAACUAAACUGUGUGACAGAAAUGGCCAUUGUCCUGUACAGUUGUAGAUAUUAUGAGUAAACAUCUGUUUUGGUUUCUAUCCCAAAAUCUCAGUCCAUCCUUAAACCUCCCCUUUCCCUGAAUGUGCAUCCAGAUAUAUUGGCAGCCUGUCAAAAGAUAGUGAUAACCUCAUUGCACUGCAUUAAGAUGCAUUAGUUAAAAUUGGAUUUGCCAGUGUAUCGAAUAAUUGUAAAAAAAAAUAAACAAUUCUCAAACAUUGGCGCUUCCUGUGGACGACUGAUGUGAAACAUCUGUCUUCUGCGGAGUACUGAAGGCUUAUAAUGCCUUCUGUUGGACUGCUUGGACUGGACAACCAUGGUAUGUUUAAUGGGGAGGAAUAGCUACUGUAAAGUAUAUAAGCACUUAACCCAUUUGCCAUUUUAUAGCCAGAUCCAUCAACUCACCUAAACCAUGUGAGAUCAUCAGAUUUGUGCCUUUAACUGCCAAGCAGGGCACCAAACUAGUGAUGUCAUUAGAUGUAGAUGAUUUCACCCAAUAUGUUCAUAAUAUAUCCCACAUCUUGACCCAGAUUAAUUUCUCAUACACUUCAUAUUGGUACUUAAAAGUCGAUUUUUCUCAGCUCUCUGGAGAGGGUUGUAUAUAAUUCCUGGAGUGCAGUGAAAGAGUAAAAGGAGAAAAACGAGCGUGUGUAUUCUUAUGACAGACCUGCAGACACAUAUCGGUCCGGGUCUCAUUUCAGAUGUUUGUUUUCCCACAAUGCAUUUCUUACGUUGUACAUAUACCUUAACUAGCAGCGAAAGGCCAGAGCAUUGAAUGAAGGAGGAAGCAUGCAGAAACAGCGUACACUGUAAUAACACUGAAUUUAUUCAUAGGGCAUUUUGUAUUUUUCUGUUUGUGUCAGGUUUGCUGUGACAUUAAUAAUGGCACUACAGGUAUUGAUAAUGACGUGUGCCAAUUCUAAUGGUUAUUUGGAAAAGAUAUGUGUAAAUACAGUCAAUCAAGUAGCUUUUGAGUCACUAUUGUCACAGUAUGCUUUUGUUUGAAGGCAGGAGGAGAGAAGGGACGAUUCAGGACUUUUCCAUGAUCCACAGAUAUUUUUCUACAAAUUUAAAUCAGAUGAUUCUAUACACUGUUGAAUAACAUUGUAAAGGUGUAACAGAUGCUGUAUAUCAUAUCAUGUUUUCUGAAGUCGUAAAGCUUUACUGUAUGAUCUGUUGAAGUAGUGGUUAUUCAUUUGACAUAUUAGUUGUAAUGGAAGCCCGAACAGCAGCACUGGUCACCAUAUUCAGGAAAAAAAAAAAAAAAAAAAAAAAAGAAAGGAAAAACCUCAGAUGUUUUUGUAAUACUUUUAGAAUAUAUCUUAUGAAGUUGGUUUUGUAAGACAACACUUUCCGAAUCAGUGGUGCUGUAUGCAUAGCACACUCAGUAAUACAUACACACAUAAUACAGCACAAUACACUCAUCCUUUGGAGAAGGAAAAAUAAAAACCUUUUUUUUUUUUUUUUUUUCGCUCUCACAAUGGCUCCAGCUCAUUUUUAAGUCUUAACCAUUUCCUCCUAUCUCUUCAGUUAUUUCACGCUUAACUGUACAAUUUUUAACACCCAGAGAUCAACUCUGGAGCGAUAAACACGCUCGCAAGACUUAAAAGAGGAAGCAAAAAGCCAAAUAGUGUAGUAGAUAUCCACUUCUGUUGAAAGGUUGCUGACAGUUUUCUGAAUGUUGCUACCUUGUGUCGUCGCUUCAGUUCACCCAUAGCUUAAACCACAGUGUAGUCUGACAACCAAAUGACCCCCCCCCCCCCUCAUCCUUUUGGAAAGCUUUAAGAUGCUUGUUGAGGCUUUAGCGAGUUCAGAGUGGUUUUUUUAGAUGAUUUUUUUUUCCAACCUUGUCAUCAACAAUGUGUAAGUAAUAAUUCUCAUAACUUUUCCCACUGCUUAUUUUGUGAGUGUGUGUGCGCGUACAUGUGUGUUGUAGUACAAAAGGCUGCAUGACUGUAAAGGGAUGGUUAAGAUGUUUUUUUGAAAGUGGUUUCCCUAGCACUUCUGUCACUCCUGAGAUGCUUUUUUCUCCUUUUUGGGGGUCUCCCUCACUUUCGUUUUUCCUCAUGUAUCAUUGUUUCUUUAUCUUUCUAUUUACUAAACGUAUCAUGUUGUUUGUUCUCAGCACUGUAAAACAGUCCCUUCUACAACAUUGAAAAGCAAUAUCACUGUAUGAAACGUUCACAAUGUAUUUGUUAUGAUUGACAUUUGAUUCAUCAUCAUUAUUAUUCACAUGCACCCUAGGUGGGAUAAUUGAAGUAAAUCUCUUUUAUACAAAUACUAAAAGUGUGCUGUGGUAGUUUUUAUUUUUUUUUUCUUUGCCAAAAAUCUUGUUGAAGAUGUACUUUGUUGAACACAUGGAUGGUGAAAUAAGUAUUCUCAGAGAAAAAGAUCCGUUAGAAAGCCUCAGAAAGUAGGAGUGUGUAGCAGUAAUCUCAAAGGGGGUUCAGUCAUGUUGUGGAUAUUGGACUGCUUCUGCCAUUUACAGCCUCCACAGGCCGUUAUACAGAGUUGCAGAUGGAGUUUUCGGCUGCCGUGCGAACCAGUGCAGAGCAGAAGGAGCUUAUCCUGAAGCUGGAGCACGACCUUAGCACCAUCCAGGCCAUGUCCUCCAUGCCACGCCCCGAUGCUGACGGGUCAGAGGUCAGCAACAUGGAGAACAUCCCAGAGCCAAUCAAAGAGGCCUCUGCCAUGUUUGCUGGUUCAGGCGUAGGCCCCCAUCCGGAGCUUCCUCAAGGCCAGAUGGACUCUCUGCUCUCCAUCAUCUCCAGCCAAAGGGAGAGGUUUCGCUCCCGCAAUCAGGAGCUGGAAGCUGAGAAUCGCUCCAUGCAGCAGACCAUGCAGGCACUGCAGAAUGAGCUGGACAGCCUGAGAGCAGACAACAUCAAACUCUACGAGAAAAUCAAAUUCCUGCAGAGCUAUCCUGGCAAAGCUGGAGGUAGUGAUGACACAGUGAUGCGCUACUCCUCCCAGUACGAGGAGAGACUGGAUCCGUUUGCCUCCUUCAGCAAGAAGGAGCGUCAGCGCCGAUACCUGAGCCUCAGCCCCUGGGAUAAAGCUACUCUGAGCCUGGGUCGUGUGAUUCUCUCCAACAAGGUGGCCAGGACUGUUGCGUUCUUCUACACCCUGUUCCUGCAUUGUUUGGUCUUCCUGGUGCUGUACAAGACUGCCUGGAGCGAGAGUAUCGGCAGAGACUGCUCUGCCUUCUGCGCUAAAAAGUUCUCUGACCACCUCCACCGUUUCCAUGAGAACGAACAAAACCUUUAAGGUGGUUCUUCAUUCAGCAGCGUGCAUGUCUACCUAAUCAACCUGCUCAUGAAGACGGGGCUUUACCUUUGUUCUUGCUGUAGCUCAUAUCUCCACUAGGGGGCGGUUUAGGGCUGUAAACUGUAAAUCAAACAGUUUAUUGAUUCAAAAAGAGGUUCUUUCCAUUUCUAGAUUAUUGAGCUUUAAGAAGUUGCAAUUAAUAUAUAAGUCCAGCAAAACUAUAACUUCCUUCUUAUACUCUUAACAUAAUGCUAAAAACUAAUCAUUAAUCACCUAAUAAACAUAAUGUAAUCUGUGCCGCUGUUGCACAAAUUUAAUGAAGUUAAGGUUCAGGUUAUCUUCCUGUACCAAAGGGACCACAUUAUUCGGGUCGUGAUGUUUUUAUUUCUGGGUUUAGCUGGAAUUUAGAAUAAUUAGAUCAUUUAAUCAAUAAAGACAAAGUUGGUAUAAGAUUGUAGCGAAUAUGAUUAACAUUAUAAUGUAUGUCUGAUUGGAGAGUGCACUGUAAAAUGUGGGUUAUUAAGCAGGAGGUGGUCCUUUUUAAGAGGUAAUGGUGGUGGAACAAUAUAUACAGUAGUGAUAUGUUUACUUGUCAUUCCUCUGAGAUUUGACUAAUAUGAUUGAUUCAUUGGUAAGUUAAGCUUUUCAUAAAUCUUUGGCGCAGGAAUCACCUUGUUACUGUUAGUUGCUAUUAAGAGAUCAAAAGAUUGAGACACGAGGGUCUACAGCAGUAAUACACUAACUUUUACGGAGUCCAUCGUUCUCCAAGACCGAUUACUGUGCAUGUUUACCUGCUUGCUUACUUACUUCUUUUCUGACUGGCAUUGCAUAUAUAUUCCAAAUAAAGACUGUGCAUUAAUUA